AUGUCUGAAUCAGGAAUCCACAUUACCGAUCCUCAAACUACCCUUUCGAAAAAUCCAGCGGAAUUCUAUAUCGAAAACAUGUUCCAAAUUCACAACCCCGACACUGGCAUAGACUGGCUUAAUAUGAUUAAGCCGUCAAACAUUCGGAACCUACGCAGACUUUGGAUCUCUGUUCAUGCUGUAUACAAUCCGGGGCCGCACCCAGAUUUCCUAACAAACAAUCCUCCCAAUGGCCCGCGAUGGCGCGAGCUUCUCGAAAAACUGUUCACAGAAGCAGAAUAUCUCGAAGAAAUGGUGUUAUACCUUGAUUCAGAACCGACUGUCAACCACCGGGGUCCAGCUGUGGAUGCUGAUUUUGCGCGAACGCUUGGAAAAUUUUCAAAUUUACAAAAACUGGAAAUUAGAGGGUAUUUUCCGAAGGAAUGGCCAGGCUAUUUGGAGAAAAGAACAGGACUGCGGGUUUGGCAGGAGGAGAGGCAGACAGAGCAGUAUUUAUCAUCGCUGCGGGAGUUUCAAGAGCUUUUGAAAGAUCAAACUCUUUGA